UUUGCCUGGUGUGCAGCGGCGCUGGGCUCGCCUCGAUUAAGCUCCGUCCCUCUGCUCCAGUGCUCCCAGGAGCCUCCGCCAACCUCGGAUCGAAUCCCAACACCUUGCACUGGCUUCGCGAAUCCUGAGCGCCCGGUUUAGGAAAGCAGGCAUUACCCACACUCGGACCAUAGAUCUUUGAUUUCUGCCCGCGAUUCUUCUGUUUCACCUUUUCACAAACCGCCCUACAAUCGCUUGUAACCGCCGCUGAUCGCCAUGUCCACUCUCGAGGAGCUUGACGACCUCGACCGCCGUGAGCGCGAUGACAAGGAUAAGAAGGUUAAGAACGAUGACAACAAGGGGAACCAAAAUGGCGGAGAUGGAGACGCCGAAAUGAAGGAUGCGGAGCCGGAGGAAGACGACGUCCUCGACCCAGAGAUCUUGAGCCUGAGCACCGAAGACAUAAAGACCCGCCGGCGCUUGCUCGAGAACGAUGCCAGAAUCAUGAGGAGCGAGUACCAGCGGUUAUCACACGAGAAGGCAACCAUGGCUGAAAAGAUCAAGGAGAACAUGGAGAAGAUCGCUAACAACCGUCAACUGCCAUAUCUCGUCGGCAACGUCGUCGAACUUCUAGAUCUGGACCCGACUGCCGAAUCAUCCGAAGAAGGCGCCAACAUCGAUCUCGAUGCCACUCGGGUGGGCAAGUCUGCCGUCAUCAAGACGUCCACACGCCAAACCAUCUUCCUCCCGCUGAUCGGCCUCGUCGACCCCAACAAGCUGAAACCCGGUGAUCUUAUUGGUGUGAAUAAAGAUUCAUACCUCGUUCUGGAUACGCUGCCGGCCGAGUACGACAGCAGGGUCAAGGCCAUGGAGGUUGACGAGAAGCCGACCGAGAAGUAUACCGAUGUCGGUGGUCUCACCAAGCAGAUCGACGAGUUGCUCGAGGCCAUUGUAUGGCCCAUGAAGGAGGCGGACCGGUUCAAGAAGAUCGGCAUCAAAGCGCCAAAAGGUGCUCUGAUGUACGGCCCCCCUGGUACCGGCAAGACACUGCUUGCCAGGGCCUGCGCUGCUCAAACCGAUGCAACUUUCCUCAAGCUCGCAGGGCCACAGCUUGUCCAGAUGUUCAUCGGAGACGGCGCCAAGCUUGUUCGGGAUUGCUUCGCCCUCGCCAAGGAGAAGGCUCCGGCGAUCAUCUUCAUCGACGAGCUGGAUGCCGUUGGUACCAAGCGCUUCGACAGCGAAAAGAGCGGUGAUCGUGAGGUGCAGCGGACCAUGUUGGAGCUGCUCAACCAACUCGACGGGUUUGCCUCGGAUGACCGGAUCAAAGUCAUCGCCGCCACGAACCGCAUCGACGUGCUGGACCCCGCCCUCCUCAGAUCUGGCCGUCUCGACCGGAAGAUCGAGUUCCCGCUGCCCAAUGAGGAAGCUCGUGCGCAGAUUCUCAAGAUCCACUCGAGAAAGAUGAAGGUCGACGAGAAUGUCAACUGGGACGAGCUGGCUCGCAGCACAGAUGAGUUUGGUGGUGCCAUGCUCAAGGCUGUGUGUGUUGAGGCCGGCAUGAUCGCCCUGCGCCUGGGCAAGAACAAGAUCGGACACGAGCAUUACGUCGAUGCCAUUGCCGAAGUACAAGCCAAGAAGAAGGAUACCGUCAACUUUUACGCAUGAGCAUUCCGACGUCUCUUGGGACCACCAGGCAGAUUUUGCAACGUCACUUUCAAUGUGGUUCAUAGAAACACGCCUGCUAGUUUGAUUAUGCGGGCUGCUUGUGUAAUACGACGGGGCAUUAGCGUUACCAUUUGCCGUUGCUUGCCCAAGUUACUUCAUCUAUAACCGUGCGAUUUGGACUGCUUCC